AUGCUGCAAGAGGAGUCGCCAUGGAAACAAUAUGCUAAUAAAGCUACCAAAGCCAACUCGUCGUCUUCAUUCAUGGCUACUUGCUUGUAUCACAUUGUGUUGAGAGCUCGAGACUCGGUGGAACCUAGGCUUUUGACUAAAGUGGGUAUUUAUGCAUGUAGGGGUAACGAGUGCCACAGCCACAACACCUCUCUCGCCAUCCUUCGUACCCACCGCAAGCUUGGCCUCGCCACUAAGCUCAUGAUCGCUGCCCAAGCCGCCAUGGAACAUGUGUUUGGAGCAGAGUAUGUCUUGCUCCAUGUGAGAAAGAGUAACAGGGUAACAUUUAAUCUGUAUACUCAGACGUUGGGUUAUAAGAUACAUGAUGUGGAGGCGAAAUAUUAUGCUAAUGGGGAGGAUGCAUACGACAUACGGAAGCAGUUAAAAGGUAAGAGUAGUCAUCAUCACAUCCAUCAAAAUCACCACCACCACCACCAUAAUGGUGGUGGAUUUUGUUCGGGUGAUGCAAGAAGCGCAGAAACAGCUAAUACGAGAGGAGAUUCUAAAUCAGAAUCAAAAGCUCGCACAGAAUCUGGUUCAAAAGCUGGAUGAUUACUUGGAGGUAAACAUAAGUAUCUGAAGAACUAUAAGUGGCAUUGGUUUAUAUUCUCUAGGCUACUAUUUCUUGCUCAUGAUAUUUUCAGUUUGUUUAUUGAAGUAAUAAUCUGACUAUAGAUUUCGAAACUUGUCGGUUUCCUACAUGAGAUAUUGUAUGAUCCCAGCUAAAUGCAAUGGUUUCUUUACUAUCUCUUUUACAA